UCACUUCAGAAAUGUCAGAUCGGAGAAGCAUUGACGAGGUGAUGGUGCGAGCUGCAAAAAACGCAAAACGAGAGGAAAAGUUCGAUCUGGGAUUUUUUAAAUUCAUUUCACUGGCUGGACACAUUUUGGAGAGCUCCUGCAAGCAUUCAGAAGAUCAAGAGGAUCCGAGUUGUUUGAAAUGCAAAUAUGACCGGGAGUUGAAACUUGAAGAGCGCCCGGAAAUGGUAUUCGCACGAAAUUCUCUGACAAUCCAGUUCGGUCGACUCGGUUCUAUCGAAUUCAACGCGCUGGAUGCCCUCAAAAUGGUUUGUGCGGAUCGUCUGCCCGAUGUAAAAGUUGGUGCGUCGACAGUAUGGCAAUCUGCAAGACAAGAUCGGAUUCAGCAAAUAUCGGAACAUCAGAAGCCGUUUGACUGGACCUAUACUACACAUUACAAAGGAACUGUGACUGGGUGUCAGGUCACUCCUACAACUGAACGAAUCGAUAUGGAACGACUGAAAAGACGCGACGAGAUUUUGUUUUCAUCGAGUAUCACAUUGUUUGAGGACGAAUUGGCAGAUCAUGGAAUCGCUCAGCUUUUGGCGCGAGUUCGUGUCAUGCGCGGAUACUUUUUUGUCCUUCUUCGCUUCUACAUGAGAGUUGACAAUGUUCUUCUCAGAGUAUGUGACACCAGAAUUGUUGGCAACGAAUUCGAUGGACAUGUCAUUCGUGAGUGGCAACUUCGAGAAGCAAAGUACGGGAAUCUUGGUCACGUUGAUCCGGAGGAAUUAUUAGAUGUAGACAGAGCAUGGAUGCAUCUUCCAGUUGUUGAAGAGCACUUUGAUCGUGUAUCAGUUGAUCGUGAACGCCUUUUUUGAAUUGUCUCAUUAAUAUUUUCAAAUAGAUCUCUCCUUUUUUCCACUAACAUUUCGAUUGUUCCUGUUUUAUUUCAAUUUUCGUGAUACUGGCUUAACGAUUCGGAAAUAAAAAUUACGUUCGUUUGUC